AUGCGAACUGUUCUCUUGCUAGCGGCGGCUCUUGGAGUUUACCGAGCGAAUGCUUUAUUUGGAGACAGGCUGCUAAGAACCAGAAAUCCAGCAACUGGUCCGUGCACUCUAAAUAAUGAUGGUCUGAAAUGCAAUGAGAAUGGAUAUUACGCAACGGUCCAAUGCAAUAAAGAAUCAUGUUAUUGUGUGACUCCUCAUACCGCUUCAAUCGCUUAUGACACAAGAACCAACAGUCCAAAAACAGCACCAAAAUGUGGAACAUGUCUUGUUUACCUUCAAAAGCUGUUCGCGAACGGAGAUCCACCAGAGAAUAGCUUUGUUCCAAAAUGUGAUGUGGGAGAUGGAGAUUUUGAGCCCGUGCAGUGCGACAGCACCAAAAAUCAAUGCUAUUGCGUGGAUACUGCCACCGGAAGAGAAAUACCUGGAACAAAAAAGGCAUUGAGUAACACUACGAAAAUGAAUUGCAUGAAAAUUGAUUUCUCAAUUGAUUCGGUGGCUUUCUCAACUUUCGAAAAGGCAGAUGCUCCAAAACCAAAGUCAGAACUUAUUAUUGGUAAACCAUCGUGUGCAAAAAAUAGAAAUACCGGUUACAGUUGUAGCCAGAACAAGACUUCAAUUCGAUAUUGGUUUGAUGUGGAAACAUUUCAAUGUUUUGCAUUUGAACACAAGGGAUGUGGAGGAAAUCAAAACUCCUACCGAACUAGCCAGGAAUGUUAUUCUGACUGUGUACUAGCCGACUAUUUCAGCUGUGCAAUGCAAUCUGAGCCAGCGAAAAUGUCAAACGGCCAAGCGUAUAUUUGUCCAGAAUCUGGCCCUCAGUCACCACCAGGUCGAACCACAACAACAACCCCAGGACCUAAGCUGAAAGAUGGAUGCCCAAAAGGCUACACUUGCCAGAUGGGACCAUUCUUUGGAUUCUGUUGUGAAGAGAGCCUUACAAACCGAUAUCAAGCAGCUUUCUCAACAAAAUGCAAGAACAAUAAACCAUCGCUUCAAGUUCAACACGACGGAUAUUCCAGUGGAAUGCUCGGAAAAUCGUGUUCAGAUAAUUUCUGUCCGAAAACUCAUAACUGUGAACACAACGAAUUCUUUGCUUUCUGUUGUCCGAAAUAA